CGGGACCUGUUGCCGUCAGUACAUUCGCUACGCGCGAGCCGUAACGUAGACACUAGUGGACUUUCGCUCGACUCCGCUCCUCGACGCACGCGGCGCGGUAUUCAUCGGGAGCCGCGCAAUCAGGGAAGGACGGAGACACAGGGGGAGCAGGAGGAUCUCUAUCGGGGCAUAUCACGGGUGCGAGAGCUACGGGAAAGACGGCGGCGACCGGGCAGAUGCAUCACACGCGGAGGAGGAGGACCCUCGUGGGCUUUUACGUGAUCGGACGCACGAUCGGCCUCCUGGCCAGUCUCUGAGAGUAAAGCUCUCGGGGAUCCUCGACAUCCUCGAAAAAAAAUUAAAAUAAAAUAAAAACACCGAAAGCCCCGCGAAAGGGGGUUCGCGGACGACCACCGGCCCGAGCGGGGUGGCGAGUCCCAAACGGGGGGCAAUGAGCCACGUACCACGUGGUGAUACACCUGUGAUCAGCGGACUGUGAUAUAUACCGUACCACAUUUAUAUUAUACGCGUACCGUACACACCUCAUCGGGGAAGAGGCCAACCAACGACGACGUGCGCCAUGGCAGAAAAGAAUAGCGGCGCGCAGGACCCGGAGAAGACCUCGCUCGUAGACUCGGCGCCGCUGCCGAAAAUCCAGUCGUCCGCGCUGCUCAAUGACGAGAGGACGAAUCUGGCUGCGAACGGCGCCACCGCGAAUGGCGAUGAUCCUGAGGACGGCCGACCACUCAGGGGUAGCGCCGUCAGGCAAGUCCUGGCCGCCCUGGUCGCCCAGCUCGGUACCAUCAACACGGGCAUGGCGUUCGGCUUCUCCGCCAUCGCUCUGCCGCAGCUGCAGGAGCCAGACAGCAUCAUUCCCAUCAAGGAAGGAUCGACGGAGGAAUCGUGGAUCGCUAGCAUGUCCUCCAUCGGCACGCCGAUCGGCUGUUUGGCGUCCGGCUACAUGAUGGACAUGUUCGGCAGGAAGCGCUCGCUCAUCAUCACGGAGGUGCCGGCGCUACUCGGAUGGCUGCUGAUCACGUUCGCGACCGACAUACGCAUGAUAUACGCUGGCCGUUUCUUCGUCGGUCUUGGAUCGGGCAUGGUGGGCGCGCCAGCCCGCGUCUACACGAGCGAGGUGACGCAGCCGCAUCUACGAGGGAUGCUAACCGCGAUCGCGAGCGUCGGCGUCAGCACCGGGGUGCUGAUCGAAUAUGCCCUGGGAAGCAUGCUCACGUGGAACAUUUGCGCCGCCAUCAGCGGUAUUCUGCCGCUCACCGCGCUCCUGCUGAUGUUUUUCUUCCCGGAGACCCCAUCCUACCUCAUAUCGCGCAGCAAGCCGGAUCAAGCGAAGCAGGCGCUGCAAAAGUUCCGCGGCAGUACUUACAACGUGAAUCGGGAAAUGGAGACGCUAGUAGAGUUCUCCAACAAGAACAACAUCAAACGGCUCACCGGCUUCCGGGAGAUCAUGUGCGCUCUGCUGAAACCGAAUGCGCUCAAACCGUUCACUCUGCUGUUUCUGUACUUCCUGAUAUACCAAUGGUCAGGCACCAACGUCAUAACUUUCUACGCCGUCGAGAUCUUCAAAGACUCGGGGGCGACCAUGAAUAAGUACUUAGCGGCGGUCAUCCUGGGAAUAGUCAGGCUCACCUCCACCAUCGUCGCUUGCGUCCUCUGCAGAAAAUGCGGCAGGAGACCGCUGACGAUGGUGUCCUCGGUCGGAUGCGGAUUUUCCAUGUUAGGAUUAGGCGGGUAUAUGUGGCUGAAAAAUUAUUGGUUCGCGAACGAUAUGCCACUCGUCGCCACCUGGUUCCCGGUCAUGUGCAUAUUCUCGUACACCAUCACUUGCACUCUGGGCUUCCUGGUGAUCCCGUGGGUGAUGAUAGGCGAGGUCUAUCCCGUGCAAGUACGCGGCAUUAUCGGCGGUCUGACCACCAUGUGCGCGCACACGUUCGUCUUCAUGGUAGUUAAAACUUAUCCGUUUCUGGCCAGCGCGCUCACCCGACACGGUACAUUCAUCCUCUACGGUUGCAUAUCUUUGUUCGGCACGAUAUACUUUUACAUAUGCCUCCCGGAAACCAAAGGUAGAACGUUACAAGAGAUCGAGGAUUACUUCUCUGGCAGAAGCAACACUCUGAAAACCGGGAGAAUAAGUAACAAGCCAAAGGUUUUAGAAAUUAAAAAGGGCCAGAUAUUACCGUAAAAUGAAGGACCAUGUUUAAUCGUAUAACUCUUUGCAAUGCCGCUUAUUUUAAAAGAAUCUAUUUUAGUUAGGAGAAAAAAAAGCAUUUGCUUGUUAGCGAUUAAGAAUGUUAUCUACAUUUACAAGAGAGGAUAAUGAAAUGGGUACUCUAAACUACUUUGACGUUUGCUUUGUGACAAAUAUAUACCUUAAGAAAUAAGAUGAAAUAUUUUUAGAUAAACGAUGACAUAUAUUAUAUAUAUAUAUAUAUAUACACGAGACAAAAAGAUAUAUACUAUAUACACGUUGUAAUUCCAAAAUAUUAUCAAAAACAAGUUCUCAGAGAGAAAAUGUUUCUAUAUUAUUGUUAUCUUUAUAAAAUAUUAUAUUACUUUGCAGCAUACAUGUAUUUGUUCACAAAGCAUGAAGAUGAUUAACUACACGUAAUUAACAGAUAUUAACAUUCUCAAUCACACACGAGAUAUUUAAAUAAAGUAAUAAAAAUAUAUAAAUUUUAAUUAGCAUUCUCCACAAAGUUUACUCACAAGAACGUAAAACACGAAAGAUCAAUUAUGUCUCGACGACUUAAUUGAGUAUGUAUGAAUAAAAAGAUGGUGCUAUAUUUAUUAAAUCAUAGUAUUAAACUAUACCGUAAUGUGUGCUAUGUAUAAUGACAGCGUUAACAGGAGUCAUAAGCCUAAGUUGAAAUUGUAGAGAGCAUCUCAUAGGAACUAUUUUAUAAAUCCAUGAAAGUGUGUCUUACGACAACCAGUGAUUUGCAGGACCAGAUGAUAAAUUUUCAGGCAUAUAUAUUUAUAUAUUAUAAAGUGCAAUAGAUUAAGCAUGUAGUCUGUUAUGUACGAUCUAAAAAGUCAUAAUGAAUGAAAGUAAAAUUUCAUCUGUACCUAUACAAAUGCCUUAAUGCGAUCGUCAUACAUGAAAGUUUUGAUGAAUGAUUGUAUAAAUGACUUAUUUUUUAUAAGAAAGUAAAUCUAUUGUUCAUUUAA